UUCAGUUCUUUAUAUCCAUAUAUAUAUCCCAUAUCCAUAUUUACAUCACAUAACCACAGCAGUCUUUGCAUGGUUGGCAAAAUGCCUGCACCCAUGUUCCCCCUCACACACAUCUCACAAAUGUGUAGGCUUUUCCUUCUCUAUUUGAGAAAGGUAUUUCUCUGAAGCCAGCAUCUCUUGACCCAGUUUGGGAACAUCCUUCCAUUGCCUACAGAAUGGUCUAGGCUGGUACAUGGUAACAGAAGGCUGGAUCACUGGGUGCCUUGAUUUAAAACUGCAGUUCCCAAUCCAUCUCAGUGAUGUUAUUGUCUCUUCUCACUGUUCAUUUCUUUCACUCUCAAUUAUUACUAAAGGUUUAGGCUUGUGAGCUGCAAGGAUUUGCCCUGCUGAAAGCAGGUUUGAUGCAGCUGGGGCUGUGCAUGGCAGAGGUUACCUCGAGUCUGCAGAAGUACUUUUGAAGUAAACCUUUUUUCUUUCAAGGGCUUGUGCAAGAGAGGAAAAAAGCCAACAAAUGAUUCCUAGAGCCCUUUACCACCUUUGAAAGUGGUUGCUGUAUUAAUAAAGGGCUUUAUGUGCACAAGGAUGCUGUCCUUGUCUUGGUGUAAUGAGGACACACCAAUAGCUUCCUUCUUGUGUUGAUUGAGUGCUUGGGGUGCUGCUGCCUUAAGCCACAUUGGGCUUUGUAUCCCUCUAUCCCAUUCCUGAGCCUCAAGCCAAUUGGAUUGUCCCUGCCCAGCCCUGGCUGUGGCUGCAGCUGCCUGGAGCUGGGUGCGGUGCUAUCGAUCCACAUGGGGUUGCUUUAUGGAAGCUCUCUGAUUCCCUGCCAGCUCCACUCUUUCUGAUGUGAAUGACAUUUGAAGCAGCCCCCAGUGUUGCAGUGCCCUGUCUGAAACAGGCAACAAGCUGAGCACAAAUUGCUCAACUCUGGCUGUUUUGUGCAGCUUUUGGCUUUGUAGGUUGACAUCCAUAUUCAGCCCAGCUCUUCAAGCUGUCCAGGGUUCACUGGUGCAGGCUUUAUUCAGAGCCUGAAUUGGUUUUGCUCCUGUUAAGCACCCCAGGGACUCUCUUAACCAACACCCUGCUCCAUCCUAACUGUAGUUCACAAAGGAUGGGGAUUGUUUGGAGAGGUGGAAUUGCUGGCACAUGUACACCAUAAACCUUGCUGCUGAAUCUGAUUGGGUUUGGUAUUGCAAAAGCCUCCUGUUGGCUGCAAGAUGAGCCUUGUGUAGGACCCACACUCUGGGUGCAGCUCCAUGAGCAGCUCUCCCAACUCCCCCCUGUGUGGGCAGUGCACACUGCUGGCCUUGGGGUGCAGGGAACAGAAAUCCCCAUGGCCUGGCCCUGUGCUUCUCCCUUAGGAGGUGGUGGCUGGUCCCAGCUAUCCCACUCUCUGGCAGUGCUGCUGUUUGGCUCCAGAGGUUAGGCUGCAGGAUCAUUGUGGACUCACAGGGUAACAGAUCAGGGAUGAGGUCUAUGGGCUGUGGACCCAUCAGAGGGCAGCUUUGAGGAGGUCUCUGAGGCAGGACUGUGCUGGCAUCACAGGUGGCAGCCGGGGCCCUGUGCUGGGUGCCACCAGCAUUUCAUAGGACUGGAGGUGCUGCCCAGCCCAGAUGUCUCCAUCAGAGGGUGCUGUGGGACCCGUUCAGCACCCAGAGGUCCCAGCAGAGCUGUGUGGCUGGUACAGCCCUGCUUCCUUCUCUGGUGCUGCCCCAGAGACAUCCCUGUGUCCAGGCUGGAUCUGCUCACCAGGAGCUGCCACGUUGGUGGGUUGUAUCUCCUCAUAGCUGGGUCCUGUAGAGCUCCAUGAGCACACGUCUCAUUAACCCACUUUGCCUUACAAGAGCAGCCCUAUGACCAGCAGGACCAUCUGGAGACCCUGGAUGUCUGGAUUUAGGGAUGCUUUUAUGUCUGGUUCUGACUGUGGGAGAUGAAAGCAGUGCUGGGGUAGUUGUGUCCCACUGCUGGGGUUAUCACAUUGACCAUGCAGAGUAGGAGAGCCACAUCCUGGCCAUAGCACACUGGGGUCACUGCAAAGUGUAUUUGGGAGCUCCCAGCCACGAGAAGGGCAAACCAAUGCACUAUGGCCAUCUCAUCUCAUCUCUCCUUGCAGGGAACACCGAAUGGAGCCCCUGUUCCCAAGCUGCUCCUUGGGCAUGUGAGACUCUUCCUUGUUCCCUGCUUUUCCUGUGUCAGAAAAGUUAAUUCUAGUGAAGGAGGAGGAAGAGAAAGGUGAAGAUCAUGACUGAGAGGGAGCUCCUGGCUGUAGCCUGCGAGCAGUUCUUGGGGAAGAACGUGCAGGAUGUGAAGAACGUGGUCCUUCAGACACUGGAGGGACACCUGCGCUCCAUCCUAGGUACCCUGACAGUGGAGCAGAUCUACCAGGACAGGGAUCAGUUUGCCAAGCUGGUGCGGGAGGUGGCAGCUCCCGACGUGGGUCGCAUGGGGAUCGAGAUCCUGAGCUUCACCAUCAAGGAUGUCUAUGAUAAAGUGGAUUACCUGAGCUCCUUGGGGAAGACUCAGACUGCGGCUGUCCGGAGGGAUGCAGACAUUGGGGUGGCAGAGGCUGAGCGAGAUGCUGGCAUUCGGGAGGCACAGUGCAAGAAGGAAAUGCUGGAUGUCAAGUUCAUGGCAGAUACCAAAAUAGCAGAGUCCAGACGGGCUUUUGAAUUGCAGAAAGCUGCCUUCAGUGAGGAGGUCAACAUUAAGACUGCAGAGGCCCAGCUCGCCUACGAGCUCCAGAGCGCCCGGGAGCAGCAGAAGAUCCGCCAGGAGGAGAUUGAAAUCGAGGUGGUGCAGCGCAAGAAGCAGAUCGAUGUGGAAGAGAAGGAGAUCAUCCGCAUGGAGAAGGAGCUCAUCGCCACCGUGAAGCGGCCGGCCGAGGCCGAAGCCUACCGCAUGCAGCAGAUCGCCGAGGGUGAGAAGGUGAAGCAGGUCCUCCUCGCUCAGGCGGAAGCGGAGAAGAUCCGGAAGAUUGGGGAAGCUGAGGCUUUUGUGAUCGAGGCCAUCGGGAUGGCAGAGGCUGAGCGGAUGAAGCUGAAAGCUGAAGCACUCCAGCAGUAUGGAGAAGCUGCCCGGCUGGCUCUGGUGCUGGAUGCACUGCCUGAGAUCGCUGCCAAAGUGGCUGCUCCCCUCUCCAAAGUGGAUGAGAUCCUUAUCCUGGGUGGAGAGAACAACACCACCAUGUCGGAGGUGAACCGUCUGCUGGCCGAGAUCCCUGCCUCCGUGCGUGCCAUCACCGGUGUGGAUCUCACAAAGAUUCCCCUGAUCCAGAAAGCCACCGGAGCCCAGGCAUGAGGCUGGCCAAGCCAAAGCUAGUGAAGAUCACUCCCUGUUAAUGCACUCAGACAUCAACUGCCUUCAACACGUGGGAAUUCCUUUUAUAUCAAAGACAAUCAGGGUUUCAUUUCGAAGCUCUGGUGCCUUAUUUUGUAGGGCCAGAAGGUUGCAUGUCCAAUCAGAUGCUCUUUUUAUUACCAAGGGGAAGGGAUUUAUUUUUUAGUUACCUGUAUUGUACCAGGCUGGGGUUUGGAUCCAACCCCCAGCUACAACUGGCAGCUUGUCUGGUGUUGCAGUCCCAGUGCCUUGCUGUUCUCUGUCCUCGGAGCAGAGGCUCUGUGGGAUGCAGAGCUGAAGGAAGAGAACAGGCAGGACCCAUCUCCUCUUGGCUCCCUGUCCUCUUCCUUGGGCACUGCUCAACCCCUGCCUCUGCCCAUAGCCUGUUCCUGUGGCUUUCCCUGUUGGAGUGUCUCGGGACCUCUGCAGUGCUGGCUUGGCUUCCCAGAGGUGGCAAUGAUCACGGUGCCCAUUCCCAUCCUGCCUUCCUCUGAGGAAGUUUCCUCCUGGGAUCUGGAGUGGGGAGAGCCCAACCGAGCUCUGGUCUGAGCCAGGCUUGGUGAGGUCCCAGCACCAGGAAUGCCAAAACAUAGCACUGUGCCAAAGCCACCCUGUGCUCCGAGAGGGAGGUGAAACCACUGUGGUGGCCGUGCCCAGGAGCCCCACAUCUUGACCCACAUCUUGUUCCCCACAGCUCCUGGGUCAGAGGGAGGUUGGGGACCAGGCAGGCACUGCAGUGGGGACAGGGACCAGCACCCAGGGCUGGUUCUCAGUGCAGGCAGUGCAGAAGCCCCUACCUUGCUCAGUCCCUUUGCCUUUAAGGCCAGUGGCUUUGCUGUCCUGAGUGACAAUGUGAAAGAGGUUGUCCCCUGUGUGUGUCCCAUAGAGGGCCCUCCUCUGGCCCCUGUCCCUUCCAUGCCUGUGUUCAGUGUGGCUGUUGCCAAACCCAUGUGUGAAGCCAACUGUGGGGUGCUGGGUCCCUCACGUUGCCAUAGGGUGGGCACAGGGACUCGGGUCCCCUCCACCUCCUGUCAAUGCCCCUUUCUGGCCAUUCCCCUUGCCAGGAGUGACCUAUGGUCACGGGUGGGUGCUGUGGGGCCGGUGGCACCCUGUCCCCCUCCCUGCCAUCGGGGUGGGGAGGGAUGGUGUUAUCAGCCCCCGGUGUGUGGUGGUGCCGGCGGGUGUGCCCGGCGUUGUGCCCUAUCUGCCUGCGCUGUGCAUGGCUGUGUCCCUGCCACCCUUGCUGCUGGAUGAUAAUAAAGCCUUGUCACCGUG